AGAUAAUCAGUGUCAAUGCAUGUCUUAAUCAAAAUUGAAAGAAGUAGCAAUUCGAAAUUUCCACAAAAAUGAUGCAGGACGAGGAAAGUGAUAAAAACACUAAUAAAGGUCAAAUAGAAAGCGCACAAGAUGAAAUAGAGCAUAACGAUGAAUUAGAAGCUGUUGAAAUCGAAGAUAAUAGCAAUGACAACAAGCUUCAGGACGAAAUUGAGGUACUGAUGUAGCUCCUGUAACUUUUUCUCUAGUUUUCAUGUUGAUAAUAUUAUAAAGAAUUAAGGAAUUAUGCUGAAAAUACAAUUCAACGUGAACAAAAAGCAUUCAAAGAAUUUUCACUCAAAUAAAGAGACUGUCAAUUAACGGGAUAACGUCUUCGCCACCUGUACGCUAUUUACCAAGUGAAUACCAUCAUUUACGGUAAUGGAACAAGCCCUCACCAAAACUGGUAAAGGAGACCUGAAAAAGCUGAAGACUGCUAUCAAGCUACCGAAUGAGUUUGAACUCUCCGGGCCCAGUUGUAAUACAGAUGUUACAGGAGAUGAUGUUAGUAAAGUGGAAAAACAGGAAAUUUCAUGUGAAUGUGAACAGCCCACAGGCACUGGAGGAGCGGUGCCAGUAGUUUUAUCUCUCGACUUGGAAUGCCCAGGGCAACAAAGCUUAAAAGGUAUAAGUUCAGAUGAACCUGUUAAAGGCUAUGAUGACAAAAGUUCCACCUUAAGUGUCGAAAUACGAUCAGAUAAAGAGUCUGCUGAAAACGAAACACUGAUCAGAGAGAUAACAUCUGAAAAUACUUCUUCUGUGAUAAUAACGCCACCUCCCAAACAGAGCACGAUAUCAAAUGAUUCAAUUUUUGAAAUAAAUUGCAAUACGUCAAGUGAAAAUAGCACUAGGGUUCCAGAAACACAACAGUUUGCUGCAGCAGAUUCUUCAUUUGUUAUAGAAUAUGCUGUGUCAUAUUUGAAUGCAAAGGUCUCUUCAACUAAUAUAAACCUGGCUUCACUAGAAAGUCUUGCCAAAAAUGAAUCUCUCAGUUCUGGAUCGAACCUCGUUGAGAGCAAGCUUAAAAACGAUCUAGUGACACCUACUGGUAGUCGAAAUACAUCUGUGAAGAUCAGAAAAGCGGCACCUAAUAAGGUAAAUCCAGAUCUUUCUGGUUCCACACUUGUAAGGCCAGCUACCGCACUAGCUCUUAAGAGAGAACUAAAAGACUCGGCGAACCUACUGAGCUACAGAAAUGGUGUCCUACGAAACACGUUAAGGCCUAAAGAUAACCUUCCUCCAAUCAAAAAGACUGUCGAUAUCCCCACACCAAAUAGGGGUUACAAAAACGCCCAUAGUUCUGACAGCGUCAGACCAUACACUUCUAGUUCCAGUUAUGGAGGAUGCUUAAAGAAAGGAAUCAGUUCAACGGCUCAAAGUGCUGAAGACAAGAUCAGCCGUAGAAAUGGUGAAGGUACCUUGAAAAGACCGAGUAUGAUACCUAAACCUAGAACACCGACUCCUAAUGCACCAAAGGGUCCUCCUUCGAGCAAGAUUGAUUUACAAAGGAAGGAUAAGCCUAGCGACUACAAUUUGGUGCCCAAGAUUGAACCUGGAAGGCGUACGGGCAAUGCUAGUGAGACUGGUAAACGAAGAACUGUUGAGAAUGAGACAGCCAAACAGAACGAAGAGUUAUCAAAGAGCUCCCAAUCUGUAUCGGGAACUCCUGACGCUAUGACGAUACACGAAAAGAUGGUAGGAUUGCAAGAGAGACUUAAAGCGACUACAACAAUGAUUAGGAAACGAAUGGGAAUGAAUUCUAUAGCUCUACCUGCACUUACAGACAAUGGAAACAUCAUAAAAGAUGAUCCAACGCUCCGACCAAAACGAUCUUCCGAGCCUGCACUCCCGAAAACUGCAUCCGCAACUCUGAAGGAUCUUUACAAGAACAUCUUUGAAAUGAAAGCAGCUACAAUGCGACUAUCAGACGCAACUACGAUGGUCAGUCAGAAAGAACAUAUAGAGAAAUUGUUGAUGAAUAUCACUGAGAUACAAAGGAUUGCGGAUAGGAUGUUAGAUUCUGAGGGUAGCGCUAGCCAACUGAAUGAACCUGGAGCUAAAGAUGCUACAAUAAAGUCUAAUAAGUCGAAGGAGAACAAGAUCUGCAUCAAGUUUACACAGUUGAAAGAUAAACAACGAAGGAAAGAGGACGAAGCUUCGAAUCAGUCUGAUGAUGGGUGUAAAAGUUCUCCGGGAACUACCACGGAUUUGGAGGUGAAAACGGAAGCUUCUCUUAAAGAAACCGACUCUAUGGACGGCAUAUUCAUACCAUCACAAGAACCUUUUAUUCAUAAUAUUGAAGAAGAAGAUGAAAGCAAUGGAUUGGACAUAACCAUAACCUUUCCGGAACUGAAUAAUCUACUGUCUGACCAAAAUGAGUCUCAUUUGUCCGUCUGUUUAUCUGAUAUAUCUGCUGAAGCUUUAAGACAACUCAAAAGGUGUCCAAAGGACUUUACACUUCGCAUGGAUUUUAUUCAAGGCAAAGUGCAUUUUCAGUCGGGAAAGUCACCAGCAAACAACUUUUCAAUCGGUCCUGACCUUAAGUUCAUUGAGAAUCCUGUGGAUAAUGUAGAUGACAAAAAGUCCGAUAUAAUCAGCAUUAAGCCGUCAACUGAAUGUUCGUAUGGCUCACAAUUGAUCUCUGUGGAGAACAGGGACGAGCAUGUAACUAGCUACAAAUCUCUGAAGUCGACCGACUCAGAACUGUUUAAUGUAGCGGACUUACCGUUCUUGUACAGAGACGUGACUCUAGGGACUGUCACCAGAUCUUGCAUGACGUUGAGGAACGACCCGAUGAUGUCCAUGUCUAUAGUCGCCAGGACGUUCUUCAAGAGCAUGCCGCAGAUACCGAGUCUCACCUAUAUCCAAGAAGCAAACCAAUUGGAGAACGGGUCUAGGUUAGCAGAAAUAUAAUUUAGGAUAGACUGAAAACGAGCAUCUGAAUAAACUGACUUCUUCGAAGGCUUCCAGGUUCAAGAAAAGAGGAGGAAAAAUCGAGUGUAUCAAAAAAGAGGUGUCGCACUAAGCGUCAGCAGCUUGCAAUGAUCGCUGAUGAAGUUGAAUGAUGUUUUGGUGGAGUCUCACGCAUCAGGUCCUCAAAUCUGUGCGACAAGUGUACUAUCACCCAUCUAGAAUGUUCGUUUGUAUUUGAAUACAGUCUUGUUUUUAAUAUCUGCUUCUUGAUUUUCUAUUAGGCUGCAAGAAUAAGAAAAUAAAAAAGUCGCCAUUCAAACGACGUUGAUAUCUCGGCAACCUAACUGAAACAAUCAG